AUGUCUGGUCAAGCGCCUCCUGCAGUGCAGCCUGCGGGUGACACUGUAGCCGCCGAUCCACAAGCCGAGAGCCAGACGAACUGGCUGUGGUCGAUAGGCAAGAAUGUCGCCAUCUUCAUCCUGAUCCAGUUCGCCAUGAAGCAGUUCAUGGGAGGCAACAAGGCCGUAGCACCAACACCGGAUGCCGUAGCAACGCCAGGAGCGGAUCCCAUAGCCCCAGGAGAAUGGAGCGCGAUACCACAAGGCCUCCACCCGUUGUGGCCCACAAACACGAGCGUCGACGUUGCCAUGUAUAUAUCGCCCAGCAACAUUCUGCCGCGCCUAAGCCAGCUGCCAAAAGAUAGCUUGAUUGUAGACGAGAAGAACUUCUCCCUUGAUAGAGCGAAGAAAGACUACCGCGAGGUGCACAAGACCUUCAAUGUCCCACCGAGCGUGCAGAACAAUGGAACACUAUGGGCACAUAUCUUGAUUGCGCAAACAGGGGCGGAGAAAGACCCGGCCUCUCCAGCAUACGAUCCGGAGAAGGCAUACCGCAUGCAUCGCCCGUUGACUUCGUACUUGGCAAAGAAGAAGGUCAGAAGGACGAGAAAUCUACUGGGCGGCACAAACGAGACGGAGACAGAAGAAGAGCUCGAGGAAGCAUCAGGUCCUACAGUCGCGUCAUACUAUCACCCAAACUUCACUCUGUCAUUCGUGCCGGAGACGGGUGAUGUACAAUGGCCGAGCCUUCACCCUGCUAUGAGGCAGUUCUACACCCUCGAGCAGACUGGAAAGCGUGACCACAGUGGCAAGAACGGAUGGUAUUACCCAGUGCUAUACCUGAACACAUUCUGGCAGCUGCGAUCGCACAUGACUGAGCUCAAUGCCACAAUCCCGCAGAAGACAUUGCCAAUCAAUGUUGAUCUCUCGACCUUGGCCAGCUGGCAAUUCAGCGUGAUGGCAAGCAUGGACGAAGGCAUGAAGGAGACAGCACGCAAGGCCGCAAAUGGCGAAUCGACUCCCGGUGGCGGCGAUGGUUCCGAGAUGGAGAUGAUCAAGGAGACUCUGCUCGACACCAACCACUGGCUACUUGGCACGACUGCAGUAGUCAGUGUCCUCCACAUGAUCUUCGAGCUCCUUGCCUUCAAGAACGACGUCAGCCAUUGGCGUAAGAAGAAGGACAACGUCGGCGUUUCCGUCCGCACCAUCCUUGCGAACGUGUUCAUGCAACUCAUCAUCUUCCUAUACCUCAUGGACAACAACGAGAACACGAGCUGGAUGAUUCUCUUCGGUCAAGGCAUGGGCAUCGCCAUCGAAGCCUGGAAGAUCACCAAAGCGGUCAACGUUCGUGUCCGUGUGCCACAACCAGGAACGUACUCCGCCAAGCUUGGGCUGCCAUACACCGUAGUCUUCGAGGACAAGCACAAGCUGAGCGAAACCGAAGAGAAGACCGAAGAAUACGACAAGAUCGCCUUCAAAUACAUGGGCAUCGUCGCCGUCCCACUCCUAAUCGCCUACGCCGCCUACUCCCUAAUGUACGAAGACCACAAGAGCUGGUACAGCUUCGUCAUCACCACCCUAGUCGGCAGCGUCUACGCCUACGGUUUCCUCAUGAUGGUCCCCGCCCUCUACAUAAACUACCGCCUCAAAUCCGUCGCACACAUGCCCGGCCGCACCAUGAUGUACAAAUUCCUCAACACCUUCAUCGACGACCUCUUCGCCUUCACCAUCAAAAUGCCUGUCCUGCACCGUCUCGCUACGCUGCGCGACGAUGUGAUUUUCUUUGUGUACAUUUACCAGGCGUGGGCGUACAAGGUUGAUUACACGCGUGUUAAUGAGUUUGGACAGGGUGGGGAUGAUGAGGAGGUUGAGAGUAAGCAGGCGACGAAGCCGCUUACGAGUCCGGCUGAUGAGAAGAAGACGGAUGGUGGGGAGUUAAAGGGGGAGUUGGAGGGGAAGGUUGAUGCUGCUGUUGCUGUUGCGAGUGGGAAGGAGAAGGGGGGUGCUAGGAAGAGGAGGGGGUAA